UCGAUGCAGCCACAACCAAGUCUGAAGUCAGCCUGAUUUUCUCGUGUUUGCAGUUCAUGAGUCUUAGGCGUCCGAUAAUUAUUGAGGCUAGUAUUUUAAAUACUAUGUUAGUCAAACUAAUCCCUCUAUGGUUAUCACAUGAUGAUUUUGGCCACUUAUUAUAUAUUGGGACAAUCAGUGCUUGUGGCCAGUCAGAUGGGAUUAUGUCCAACUCCCAGAUUUUAGCCAAAAUAUUAGUCAGCCUAAUCGCUAAAAUUAGACCACUAUAUUUACAGACCUCUGGAACCAAUCCAUCUGGACCAGCUACUCUUCCUCGUUUCAGGUUAGUUAUAUCCUUUUGAUCUUCAGCUAGAGUUGGGGACAUACUUCGAUGUUUCAUUCAGGCUAUCUGGGAACGGUGGGUAGUUUAGUUGUAUAGUAGCUAAAGACCAGCUGAACUGCUCCUUAAAGUG